CAGUACAUAGAUGGAUACCAGGUGAAGUACUGGAGGAAGUAUGACGAUACAGAGCCGGGGGCCAAUCGUAUCUUUGUGCCCGCCUCCAUGAACCAGACCAGGCUGGAGAACAUGCUGCCAGACUCCCACUACCUCAUCGAGGUCAGAGCCUACAACGGAGCCGGUGUCGGCCCUCCCAGCGAACACUGCGAGAUGUUCACCAAGAGAGCACCUCCAAGUGUGGCUCCCCAAAUGUGGCGUUACAUCAGCUACUCUGGCAAGUGGCUGUACGUGUGGUGGCACCACAUCUCCUACGACUGGUUUGGCAAUGAGUCCUUCCCACUAUAUUAUAAGGUGAUGUUCAGGAAGACUGGCUACAUCACAGGGCCGAUCUACAUGACGGGCUGGCACUUCAUUGACUUCCCCAUGCCCCAGGUAGGGGACUACGAGCUGGAAGUCAGAGGUCGCUAUGAGGGUGGAGACGGCCCCAUCAGGAAGAUCAGGCUUCAGGGUCAGGCGUCUUUCCUGAGACCCACUCUCAGUCUGGCCACCAUGCUACUGCUGGCCCUGUGCAUCGUGGGAUUGGGGAUAUAGAGACCCAGGACAUGUCUGGCUGGACUGUGGGAGGUUUGACAGAAACAACUCUCACAUCAACUUCCUAUAUCUCCUUAUGGACUUCCAAUCUUUCCUCAACCUCUUACUGUCUGUAUGUCUUCCCACAACAAAACKGAGCACCGUGCCACCAUACAGAAAGGACCUGCCUAGCUGUAGAACCUACGAAAGUUACUGUACUGGAAGACAUCCAAGAAAUCCUUUCUGAUGUAUUUAUUGAACAGCUACUGAAGGAAUUGAACGGGUACAAAAGAGGAAUAGAGUUUUUUUCAAUAUGCCUUAUGAUGAAUCAUAUUGUACAAUCUUCCCAACAUAUUCUCUGAAAUGUAUAAGACAAUGACUGACUGUAAUCAACACUACACUGUAUGACGUUUGUAGUGAGUAAACUGUAAAGGAAUGAUCAGAGUAAGAUUGUAUGUGGCUCAGACACCAACUACACAGUCUCUUCCUCCCUUUGACUCACCCAGCUGUUUGGAUAUUUAGUUUCCACACGUUUGCCAUUUCAAGACGACACUAGAUUAGAAGUAAUGUGUGUUUAUGUUUGAUUGGUUCGUUGGAGAAUCCUUUAAAUUUUUCUGUAUUGGUGCUGCAGUGAAAAUAGAUAUUUAGUUUUGUUUCCUUGUUUCCUUCCUUUUUUUUUGUUUCUGUUUAUGUAUCUCUUCAGAUUCGUACACACACUCGGCUCACAUGGAUAUCGCUAUAACCAACUCUGCAGAGAUUGCUAGCUUUGAAUGCUAUUCUUUCUUACACUGUACUAUACCACACCGUUAAUUAGCUUCGUAUUCAUUGUGAAUUCUGUCUGCUAGAUGCGCAAGCUAAAGCCAUAUCGCUUCGACAAUGCCCUGGUAUUUAGGCUUGUCCCGGUUUUUGCACUGACGAUGGCAGAAUGUUUUAACAGAAUGGUAACAAGAAAUCAGGGUUCAAGAAUAUUGAUGUGCUGCUGUUUAUUUUAUUAUAGUAUUUGUUUUUCCUUGCUAUGUAUAUGAGGAUCAUGCUGUAAACUCAUUAAAUAGAAUACACAUGAACGCUCCAGGAUUGUAAGUAUCAUGUGAGCGUCACUAAA